UGUUUCGCCUGCAUCUUCCUCUUGUCUUUCUUUUUGUCUCACACGGACAAAAUUAGAGAGAGAGAGAGAAAAGAGAGUUCGCGUGCUGUUUCAGUAUCAUAUCUAAUCCCAGAUUCUUUCUUCCUUCUCUGUAUAUCUUUCCACGACAGUUGACCUAAUUUUCGUCACCAUCCAAUUGGAUUUUGAGGUUGAGAAAGAGAAGAGAGAGUAUUCUCAUCUGAAGAAGAAGAUAGAUUGAUAGAGAGAGAGAAAUGGGGAAUUCAUUUGGGUGUUCUGCCUCCGGCGAGAGAUUGGUGUCGGCGGCGAGAGAUGGAGAUUUCGUGGAGGCGAAGAUGCUUCUUGAUUGCAAUCCUUGUCUUGCCAAGUAUUCUACUUUCGGUGGUCUUAAUUCUCCGUUGCAUUUCGCUGCUGCUAAAGGCCAUAACGAGAUCGUUGGAUUGUUGCUCGAGAACGGAGCUGAUGUGAAUUCCAGAAAUUAUUGUGGUCAGACGGCAUUGAUGCAAGCUUGUAGAUACGGACAUUGGGAAGUUGUGCAGACGCUUCUGCUUUUCCGAUGCAAUGUUACAAGAGCUGAUUAUUUAGCUGGAAGAACAGCGCUUCAUUUCGCUGCUGUGAAUGGUCACGCCAGGUGUAUUAGACUUGUCUUGGCAGAUUUUGUACCUAGUGAUAAGCUUAACUCUCUUCCUGAGACUGGUGUGGUCACUGCAAAGAACAAAUCUGAGCAAAGCGCAUUGUCUAAAUUUGUGAAUAAGGCGGCUGAUGGUGGAAUCACAGCUCUUCACAUGGCUGCCUUGAAUGGAUUAUUUGAUUGUGUGCAGCUUUUGCUUGAUCUUGAAGCGAAUGUUUCUGCUGUGACAUUUCAUUAUGGAACAUCAAUGGAUAUGAUUGGAGCCGGAAGCACGCCUUUACACUAUGCUGCUUGUGGUGGGAAUCUGAAAUGUUGUCAGAUUCUGCUUGCAAGAGGUGCAAGAAAGAUGACAUUGAACUGCAACGGGUGGCUACCUAUUGACAUAGCACGGAUGUGGAGUCGUCAUUGGUUAGAACCGUUGCUUUCGCCAAAUUCGGAUGUUGUCAUUCCAGCUUUUCCUCAUUCCAACUACUUAUCAUUGCCCCUUUUGAGUAUACUCAACAUCGCAAGAGAGUUUGGGUUGCAGUCUGCAACCAUUGGAGAUGAGGUCGAUAUCUGUGCGGUUUGCCUGGAAAGAACAUGCACUGUUGCUGCUGAAGGUUGUGAGCAUCAGCUGUGUGUGAGAUGUGCGUUAUACCUUUGCUCUUCGAGCAAUGUUCCCUCGGUGACCGUUGGCCCACCCGGAUCAAUUCCUUGCCCUCUUUGCAGGCAUGGAAUUGUGGCGUUUAAACGACUCCCGAGCUCCCUGACCAAAGAAAUGAAGUUACCUAUGUCACUCGGGUUCUGUGCGCCAUGUAUGCUUCACACGGGAGACACAACAGAUCAAUCAUCACCGACAUGCCCACCAACAGAACAACGUAGCAGCAAGACCAGGGCAGCCUCGGUUUCAUCUGAUAUGUUAUGUCCUGUAACAUGUAGCCCAUUCCCUUCAGUCAACAUUCAAAUGUGCACCUGCAACGAAGGGACAUGUCCAAACUUUGAGACACAUGGAACAGAUAGACAUAGUGAAGAAAACGACGAAUCUUCUCCUUCUCGAACAACAACUGAACAGGAGAAGAUAGAAGAAGGGCAAAGACUUGGGAAAACAACAACUUGCUCAGGCAUGUUCUGGGGAAGAAGAAGCUGUAGCAGAGAGAACCAAUGCAACUCCGAGAUCAAUGCUUGAUCACAAACAUAUUAUUUGUAUGUACAGAGAAAGAGAGAGAAUCUAUGUCUCCCAUCAUUUCUUACUUUUAAAAUGGGAUGAGCCACACAGAGUCUUCUUCUUAGGUUUGUUUUGACUUUGGAGAGGCUAAAGUUAUUAAUUAUGGUGGAAGAUUUGUAAUUAUCACCAUAAUGAUGGGGUCAUUUUGCAAAAUCUUUGUAUUUUUAUUAUUUGGACCCAUCUAUUUGUUUGUUGUAGCAUAUGAUGAAAUACUGAGACUUUCUUAUUA